AUGGAGCUAAUCUCGCAGCUACUCGUCCAGGGGUAUGCCGUCCACACAACUCCAGGCUCCUUCCACGCGGCCAUGCAGGGCUGCGACGUCGUGUUUCACGUUGCCUCGCCAUUCAAAGUGCCUGAAAAGAUCAAGGAUGGCAAUUCAGAGAUGGUUCAGCCAGCACUCCAAGGGACGAGGAAUGUGCUCAAGGCUGUCGAGGAUACACCAAGCGUGCAGCGGGUUGUGUUUACAUCGACGACUGGCGCCAUAGCAGGCGACUACAAGGAUGUCAUCGACAAGAUGCGAGUGAUGAGCCAUGAUUACUUCAACGAGACGAGCACUGUCAAGCAUAACCCCUACCAUUACUCCAAGGUUCUCGCGGAAAAGGAGGCCUGGAAGGUCUUUGAGGAGCAUCAGCAGUCGGUGCAGCGACGCUGGGACCUGGUGGUCAUUUGCCCCGCUUUCGUGCUCGGCCCAACUCGCACAUCAUCGUCGGAAUCAGGCAGCCUCUUCCUCAUGGACGAGCUUCUUUCCGGUCUGAUGUUCUACGGUGUGCCGGACUUGUCAUUCCUCCCGGUCGACGUGCGGGACGUCGCCGCUGCGCAUAUCAAGGCUGCCGAGCUCAAGGAGGCGUACGGUCGUUACAUCGUUGGUCCACCCAAAACAACAACAUUCUUGGAGAUAUCGAAGCACUUCAAAAGGCUCAGGAAAGGCACACCAUGGCUGCCCAGUUUUCAGCUUCCAACCGUUUUGGUAAGGAUUGUCGGGCCAUUGUUCGGCUUGUCACAAAAGUGGAUGGCUUCCAAUCUUGGGGUCAAAUUUGCCGUCGAUAACACCAGAAGCAUCAGCGAGCUUGGGCUGAACUAUCGAAGUCUAGAGGAGACACUAAAUGACCACUAUGCAUCGUGGGAGAAACAUAAGAGAAAGAGCAAGGCAAAAACGAGUUAA